GGCGCGGGGCGGCCCACGGAUCCUCCGCUCCGCCGCGGCUCGGAGCACGGCCGGCUCCGCCCGCCCUCACACACCGCGGCGCGGCCUGGCGGCGGGGCCCGGCAGCGGGAGGCGGCGGCGGCGGUGCCGGAGGCGGCUCGGCCUGCCCUGCCAUCUUAGGAGCCGUGCCACAACGCCUUUGUGCCCGCCGCGAACGGGCACCCGGGGGGGGCCGGGCCCGACGCCCCUCCGGGGGCGCCUCCCCCCGCGGGGCCGCCGCCCCUUUGCCCCGCUCCUCCUCCUCCUCUCCUCCUCCUCCUCCUCCUCCGCGGGGGGCCGAGCGGCGCUCCCAGCCCGGCUGCGGCGGAGGUAAUCCAUGCUGAAGAGGCUCCAUUCAUACAGAUGAACCAAGGGUUGAGGCAGCACUUUAUACCCAGAUAGUCGGUCGGCUCACUGCCCAGCAGGAUGCCAUCAACCAGCAGAGCGGGCAGCCUGAAGGACCCCGAAAUCGCAGAGCUCUUCUUCAAAGAAGAUCCAGAAAAGCUCUUCACAGAUCUCCGAGAGAUUGGCCAUGGAAGCUUUGGAGCAGUUUAUUUUGCACGUGAUGUGCGCACCAACGAAGUGGUGGCCAUCAAGAAGAUGUCAUACAGCGGGAAGCAGUCCAAUGAGAAAUGGCAGGAUAUUAUUAAGGAAGUCAAGUUCCUCCAAAGAAUAAAACACCCUAACAGUAUAGAAUACAAAGGCUGCUAUUUGCGGGAGCAUACGGCAUGGCUUGUUAUGGAAUAUUGUUUAGGAUCAGCAUCAGACUUACUAGAAGUUCAUAAAAAGCCAUUGCAAGAAGUGGAAAUAGCAGCAAUUACCCAUGGUGCUCUCCAGGGAUUAGCGUACUUACAUUCUCACAAUAUGAUCCAUAGAGAUAUCAAGGCAGGAAACAUCCUGCUGACAGAGCCAGGACAGGUGAAACUUGCUGACUUUGGAUCUGCUUCCAUAGCAUCUCCUGCCAACUCAUUUGUGGGGACGCCAUAUUGGAUGGCCCCAGAAGUGAUUUUAGCCAUGGAUGAAGGGCAGUAUGACGGCAAAGUAGAUGUUUGGUCUCUUGGAAUUACCUGUAUUGAGUUAGCGGAAAGGAAGCCUCCUUUGUUUAAUAUGAACGCAAUGAGUGCCUUAUAUCACAUAGCGCAGAAUGAAUCCCCUACACUACAGUCUAAUGAAUGGUCUGACUAUUUCCGAAACUUCGUAGAUUCUUGCCUCCAGAAGAUUCCUCAAGACAGGCCUACAUCAGAGGAGCUUCUCAAGCACAUGUUUGUUCUUCGGGAGCGGCCUGAAACAGUGUUAAUAGACUUGAUUCAGAGAACAAAGGAUGCAGUGAGAGAACUGGACAACCUGCAGUACCGUAAAAUGAAGAAGCUCCUCUUCCAGGAGGCACAUAAUGGCCCCGCAGUUGAAACACAGGAGGAGGAAGAGGAACAAGAUCAUGGUGUCGGCAGGACAGGAACAGUGAACAGUGUCGGAAGUAAUCAGUCCAUUCCUAGCAUGUCUAUCAGUGCCAGUAGCCAAAGCAGUAGUGUUAACAGUCUUCCAGAUGCCUCGGAUGAUAAGAGCGAGCUGGAUAUGAUGGAAGGGGACCAUACGGUGAUGUCAAAUAGUUCUGUCAUUCACUUAAAGCCGGAGGAAGAAAACUACAGAGAGGAAUCGGAUCCUCGAACGAGGGCAUCAGAACCCCAGUCUCCUCCCCAAGUCUCCCGCCACAAGUCUCAUUAUCGCAAUCGAGAGCACUUUGCUACUAUACGCACAGCGUCGCUGGUGACAAGGCAAAUGCAAGAGCAUGAACAAGACUCUGAACUGCGAGAGCAAAUGUCUGGCUAUAAACGUAUGAGGCGGCAACACCAGAAGCAGCUGAUGGCAUUAGAGAAUAAACUGAAGGCAGAGAUGGACGAGCAUCGCCUCAGGUUGGACAAAGAUCUUGAAACUCAGCGUAACAAUUUUGCUGCAGAAAUGGAAAAGCUAAUUAAAAAGCACCAAGCAGCCAUGGAAAAAGAGGCUAAAGUGAUGGCCAAUGAAGAAAAGAAAUUUCAACAGCAUAUUCAGGCCCAACAGAAAAAAGAACUGAACAGUUUCCUGGAGUCUCAAAAGAGAGAAUACAAACUCCGUAAGGAGCAGCUGAAAGAGGAGCUGAAUGAAAACCAGAGCACUCCAAAGAAGGAGAAGCAGGAGUGGCUCUCCAAGCAGAAGGAGAACAUCCAGCAUUUCCAGGCAGAGGAAGAGGCCAACUUGCUGAGGCGUCAGCGGCAGUACCUGGAGCUGGAGUGUCGCCGCUUCAAGAGGCGGAUGCUGCUGGGCCGCCACAACCUGGAGCAGGACCUGGUUCGGGAGGAGUUAAACAAAAGGCAGACCCAGAAGGACCUGGAGCACGCCAUGCUGCUGCGUCAGCACGAGUCCAUGCAGGAGCUGGAGUUCCGCCAUCUCAGCACCAUCCAGAAGAUGCGCUGUGAGCUGAUCCGGCUCCAGCACCAGACCGAGCUCACCAACCAGCUGGAGUACAACAAGCGCCGGGAGCGGGAGCUGAGGCGUAAGCACGUCAUGGAGGUGCGGCAGCAGCCCAAGAGCCUGAAGUCAAAAGAACUACAGAUAAAGAAGCAGUUUCAGGAUACAUGCAAGAUCCAAACCAGACAGUACAAAGCACUGAGAAACCAUCUGCUGGAGACCACGCCAAAGAGUGAACAUAAAGCUGUCCUCAAACGGCUCAAGGAGGAGCAGACCCGGAAGCUGGCUAUCCUGGCUGAGCAGUACGAUCACAGCAUUAAUGAAAUGCUCUCUACACAAGCUCUGCGUUUGGAUGAAGCACAGGAAGCAGAGUGCCAGGUUUUGAAGAUGCAGCUGCAGCAAGAAUUGGAGCUGCUGAAUGCAUAUCAGAGUAAAAUCAAGAUGCAGGCAGAAGCCCAGCAUGACCGGGAGCUGCGUGAUCUUGAACAGAGGGUAUCCCUCCGUCGGGCCCUCCUUGAGCAGAAGAUUGAGGAGGAGAUGCUGGCGUUGCAGAACGAGCGUACCGAACGGAUACGAAGCCUGCUGGAGCGUCAAGCUCGCGAGAUCGAAGCCUUUGACUCAGAAAGCAUGAGGCUAGGCUUUAGUAAUAUGGUUCUUUCUAAUCUCUCCCCCGAGGCGUUCAGCCACAGCUACCCGGGAGCUUCUGGCUGGUCCCACAAUCCUACUGGGGGUGCAGGACCUCACUGGGGUCAUCCCAUGGGUGGCCCACCGCAAGCUUGGGGCCAUCCAAUGCAAGGUGGACCCCAGCCAUGGGGUCACCCCUCGGGGCCCAUGCAGGGGGUACCUCGAGGUAGUGCGAUAGGGGUCCGCAACAGCCCCCAGGCUCUGAGGCGGACAGCUUCUGGGGGACGGACGGAACAGGGCAUGAGCAGGAGCACAAGUGUUACUUCACAAAUAUCCAAUGGUUCACACAUGUCUUAUACAUAACUUAAACAAUAACUGAGGGUGGCAAUUCCACUGGAGCUGUCUGCCAACAGAAACUGCCUACAGACACCAGCCCAGCAGCCUCCUCAGUGCGGUGCUGACGUGUGGAAGCUGGGUGCACAUGGAAUAUUGUAUUCAUUUUGUAAAGCAUUACGUUUUGUGUUUACUAACUGGGAUGUCAUAGUAUUUGGCUGCAGGGUUUGUGGGGGGGUGGGGGGGGCGGGGUGGUUUUUUGUUGUCGGUUUAUUUUUUUGUUGUUGUUGUUUUGUUUGUUUGUUGGUUUUUGUUUUACUUUUUGGAGGGGUCUCGGGAGGGAGUCUGAGAAAUAUAUGCAAUUAGUCAGAAGAGUUGGCUGGUGGUCGUAACACUGACAGGGACAGAAAGGGCCUCAGGCUGCCCGCGUCACACCAUCCGUAGGAAGUCUGAGGGAGAACAGAGACCUCCUCCCAUGUCCAUAAAUUUCCAACUACCACCCUGCAAAAACCAGGCAAGCUGCCUUUUAAACCAACAUCCAGGGGAGGAACAGCUGGAUCUUCUGUUCCGUUUUUAUUUGUCAUUAACGUGGAAACAUUUCUAGGGUAUUGCCUCCGCCAGGAGGCAUCUUCAAAGACUUGUAGGUGAGGAAGAAGGGUCAGAAGAGAGGCCAGGAGACACCGGGGCUCAGCAGGGCCCUUCUACCCAAGUGCCGGCUCCGUGUUGUGUCAGAAGUGAAGCUCUCUCAGAAGGCACUGGUCAGCUUCCCGAGAACUCUGUAGGUAAACCUGCUGGGAGGGAACGGGCUAGAAAUGUUAGAAGUUGUAUUCCUGCUUUAGCACUCCCUGACUGUGCUGCUGGUAGCUCAGGCAAGGUUGGGCAGAGGAGUGUAAGUAAUGCACUUGUACAGCUAAUACUGUGACAUCUCAUCUUAGCUAAGCAUCAGAAUAAUUCUUGGAGCCCAGCGUAGUCCUUUUUGCUCCAUUCAGAAAUGUUAGAAUUUCAGCCAAUCAGUCUCAAAUGCCAGAGGUGUUUUGAAGGAUGCCAUAGUCACAAAAUGCCAUUGAUCGGGUUUUUUCAUUGUUAUACUACAUCCACCAAUUUAUUACCUUUUUGGCUUGUUGCAGUUUCCUGUUUACAUGUAGAGUGUAGCCAACUGUUGAAAUGUUUAGUUGCCACAGUGUACCAGGAGGAGCUGAGCCAAUGACUCUUCCCAGCUGAUGACUAACCCACAUCACCACUGUAGAUCUUGCUGCAUGUGAGGCUCCUUUUUAUUCUUUUUGUUGCUGCAAUACUUUACAACUCUUAAAGUCCCUUGAGAUGCUGUGAUCGUUUGGCAGCAUAUCACGCCAUGCAAGAAGGCACUACUUCCAGAGGCUCGUUGGAGCUGCUGUACUACUGAAAGGAAGCAAAGGAGGCCGUGGAAUCAAUACGGUGAUAAAAGGUCAGGGAGACUAAUGAAGCGAGAGGCUUUGUGGCAUAGUGUUGUCCCUUAGUGCUGGGAACUGGAGAUGCUGCCGUGCUCGUGUCAGUGCCCAAGCAGGCUGGGGCAGCCAGCACUGUGGGGGUUAGGAGGAGUGCAGGUUUGGCUCGAGUCAAAGCUUUCUGUCCUGGGGACUGACUAGCCAGGGUUCUUUGUAAAUGUUUUUCCUUGCACACUAAUCAUCUUGAAGAAAACACUAGCUGCUAACUCUAGGAUUUGCCUUUACUAUGUUGAUAGGGCUCAAAAGCAAGGUUUUCCGAAUGUGUUUGUCCACGUGACAUAUUUAUAUAGUAAAUACUCUAGUGUCUCGCUGCUGUUCAGUACUCUCAACAGGGCGACGUUCUUUCGUUAGCUAAACUAACGUCUACUCCCAACCCCGAACACUCCACCCGUGUCCAAUGAAUCCCACGGGGCUCCUUAGCAUCUUGACGUAGCAUAUCACUCAGAUGGGAGACCCGAACUACCGACAGCUGUUUGCAGCCCCUUGGUGAGGAGCCUUGUAGUCCAAACAGUUUGCAGGAGUGGUCCCAAGGAAGCAACCGCGUCCUCUGUGGACAGUGGUGGCUAUGAAUUGUCCCAUCCCUUCCUCUGCUCUGGUUUCACGCGGAAUUGGAUGUUUUGGGGUCACUUUUUUUUUGCAUUGCAAUAUUGAUACGAAUGCAGCAAAACAGGGUUUAGGUUUUAAAAAGAAAGGAGAAGGAAAACAAACAAAAACAAACCAAAAAAGAAUGGGAAGGCCAAACCCCCCUCAAACUGUAUUGGCAUUGACCAUGUGAGUGUGCGGUGUGUGUCCAGAGCACGGUGCUAACACGAGGGCGUGAAGCUCAGCUCCUCUAUUGCCAGCAGCAGUGGGACAGGCUGUGCCCACAGGUUCCUUCUUUUGCUUCUGUUAUGGUUUGAAUUUGGUCGAGUCUCUGGCUUCAAUUGAGCUACUUCCACAGGAUCCUCUCAACCCAUCUCUUUGUGUAAUGUGGAGCAUGACUGAAUGCUGAAUCCAAAUGAUGGCUUAUCCCCUAUUGGCUUUUUUUGUUUGUUUGUUUUAUUUUGUUUUGGUUUGGUUUUUUUUUGUUUUUUUGUUUUUUUUUUUUUUUUUUUGUAUUAAAAAAAAAAAAAGAAUUGUGUAGUAACCAUUUUUACAUGUAUAUCAUGUGCAGACCUGGACUUAUUCCAACAAGUUAAUAUUUUAAUUAAAAUAGUUUGCAAAAACUGAUUCAGAUCAACUGGUCUAAAUGUGUGUGUCCCUGUGUGUGCCUGGGGGAAGGAGGCUGCCCUAUGAAAGGCUGAGCUGUUGGGAAAGCAGCGCUGUGCAGCAUGGCUGGAGGGACUCAGGUUGUGUCCUGGAGGUGUGUGAGGUGCAUGAACUGCUCAGAAAUCCGCUAGAGAGACGCAAACAAUUUCUGAAUCAGUUUGCAAACUCUUGUUUUUUCAACUUGAGAUCUGUGAUUCCAGAUGGCGCUCGUUGCAGCCGUGCCCUAACCUUGGCUUAAGGAAUAACUAACCGUACGUUGUAGGAACUGCUCCGGUACCUCAGCAAAGAUGUUCUGUUGCAUCUUUUGUGCUUGUGUUUAACGCUGGGGGAGCUCUGCUGGGUGGGCUGACUGCUUUGUCUCCAGUCAGCAGCUGGACACCUGGGAUGGUAUUUGCUGGUGGUUUUCUUUUCCCCUUUGCAAAGACCUGAAGUUCUGAUGUAGUUUAGCUCAGAGAUGGAAAACAAAACAGAAACGCAAGCAGAGGAGCCAGCGUUUUCACCUCUUCAUCCAAUCUGAUUGUUGUUUUGUUGUUUAAUUAAGAUCAGUUCAAGGCUCCCUGGGAGGCAGCAGCCAUCUUUCCCAUCCCUAUCGUGUGCUCCGUGCUUCUUCCUGGUGUGCAGUGCUGAAAUGGCACAGCUCCAUUUUGCCUGCACCCCAUCCUCCCAGCCAGCCCAUGGGCUUCAGAGGUGUUGAAGAGAUCCGUGUGGUACGAUACCAGGCUUCCCACAGAUGUUCCUUGCAGCCACCUCUUGCCUGGCUCGGGGACAGGCUGGCACUGCUCUGCUCCCCAUCAGCCCCCAUGCUUCAGAAGAGCGUGCACUGCACGUGAGCUGUAGCCUGCACAGCGUGCACCGCCGUAGGUCCUGGAAUGAUGCUGUUAUGGUCCCCAGGGAAAGGGCCUGUUGUACUGCCAGCUGCCCUGCCCCGCUCACCCUCUUCAUGUGCCAUUUCUUGAGAGGCAAUAAAUUGUAUUGUACCACUGUUGACCAUUACUCCGUUCAAUACGCACAUCUCUGGAUAUAUAUAUAUAUGGUAUCUCCUUUGUAUAUAUUUCUAUACUCUCUGUGUGUGGGUGUGCACGCACCCAAGUCCCUCUGUGCAGUUCUGCCAGGGCACUUCAGUUCUGCUGUUCUGUAGCAUUCUCUGCUUGUGGGCCCUGCGGGGCUCAUCAAGGACAAGGGCAUGAUGUGUGCAGGGGCUGGGCGCAGCCAGGAGCCCUUCCUUAACAGAGCCCUGUUCAUCAUUGCUUUCUUUUUGCAGGGAGCAGGAGGGCAGGAUAGCAGCUAGCAGCGUGCUGGAAAGCUCCCAGAGGGUGCCGGCAAGUCGGAAGGCUGCAGUAGAAGAAAACAAGGUGGUGUAGUGGUAGGGAAGCACAGAGCUGCUGAGGGGUGGUGAGCAGCAGGUGGGCGUGUGGGCUCAGCUCAGUCCCGUGGGCUCAGCUCGGUCCUAGCAGCAUCACUGUGGGCUCCAACCUUUGGUGCUCCCAUUGCUGCAGUUUGUGGCUAGAGCAGGUUUUUGUGGAGGGUGGCAAGAGAGGUGAUGUUGGAUGAUUUAUUAUAUGUGUGAGUAGACACUUGACAUACGUAUAGAUACAGUUUUGGUGCAUUCCUUAUUCUGCUUAGGCACGUGUGCUUUGUUACUCAAGUCCCGUGAGCAGAGGAUGGUUCUCCCCUGGGUGCCAUGCUGGACGGAUGGCUGCCCUCAAGCUGUGAAGCCCUCUUGUUCUGACCUCCUCCUUGAUCCUCUGAGACCCCGGUAUCUUAGCAAGACAUUGGGCAGAUGGGGUUAAAAAUGGUUCAAAAUGGUUCAUUGGUGCAUCGGGUCGCAGCUGUUCAUCCUGCUAUGCGUCCCCCACAGCCCCAAGGCCUGGCCAGCUUAGCAGAGUGCCAAACACGGGUCUUCAUUGUGCUGCUGGAGAGUUCUGAGUUGAUUUUCCCCUCUCCUUGUUGGAAGGUUUCUUGCAGGGCUUUAGGAGAGGUCUGGGUCGGGUUGUGCCAUCCAUGCCCAUGGGCUGCACACGCAGGGUUGCUCUGCUGUGGUUGUGUCAGUUUGCACUUUUACAAGGCCGUCGUGCCGGGGUCUGUUGAGAGAUGUGUGUGUGGUGGGGAGCUGACGACGGCCAAAAGGAAAAGCCAGUGGUUGUGGCGAAUGUCACCCUGCAAGGUGGCCCCAAUCCCAUUGCGCGAUGGGGAGGAAGGCCUUGUCAGCCGGAGAGGGACUUAGCAAAGCAGAUUGGCGGCCAACAAGCACCUUAACCACUGAGCUGCGGGCUCUGACCAUUGCACUUCACCUGCAGGCUCCUGGGGGGGAGGCGGGGGGCAGCCCUUUGCUAUGGGACCAUUGGGCUGCUCCUCCGUGGUGCCCUCGGGGUGCUGCAUCCCAGCACGGCCUGUCCCUCCCUGCUUGCUUAUCCCACUGAGCCCGGCCCCGCUCCCCACCCCUGAGUACGGGUACCUCAGAACAUGCACAGUUUGAACUUUCACUGACAAUUAGUUGAAUGAUUGUGAGUGGAAAAAAAGAAAAAAAAAAAACAAAAAACCAAGACUUUGUAAUUAUCUGUA